CAAAAAUUCUAUCUUCUUCUUCGCGGCUCUGAAUCCGCCAUUGAAGUUAUUUUCAAGCCCUCCUCAAUUUUCGUUUUUGUUCAAUAUUAAUUUGUAAGAGAUCUUUACGCUUCAGUUUCUGAAAGAACUUUGCGCUUCUGAUUUUGCAAAAUUGGAAGAGAGUGCUUCCGUUGCGCUUUUGAAGCGUGAAAUCGUGUGUCUUUUGACGCUUCCAUGCUACAUAACGCUAGUUGUGAGAUUGUGUUUGGAAAAAGAUGCAAGCUUUAAGCAUUUUGCCAUUAAAGUCUGGUCUUUUAGUUGGAUCAAGAUUGGAAUUUGAGUUGGAUUGUUCUUGUUUUGUAGUUAGCCCUAAGACUACUAGAAAGAGACUUUGCUUUCUUGAACAGGCUUGCUUCGGUAGUAGUAGUAGUAUCUCUAGCUUCAUCUUCGUUUCGAGUAACAGGAAAGUUCUGUUUUUGUGUGAGCCAAAGAGAAGUUUGUUGGGAUCAUCGUUUGGGGUAGGAUGGGCCACUGAGCAACGAGAGCUCGAGCUCGGGGAAGAAGAAGUUUCCACGGAAGAUUUAAGUUCAGCAAAUGGAGGAGAAAAGAACAAUUUAAGAGUUGAUGUUAGAGAAUUAGCGUUUAGUUUACGAGCUGCUAAGACAGCUGAUGAUGUGGAUGCUGUUCUCAAGGACAAGGGAGAGUUGCCUCUGCAAGUCUUUUGUGCUAUGAUAAAGGGUUUUGGCAAGGACAAGAGAUUGAAGCCUGCGGUAGCUGUAGUAGAUUGGCUUAAGAGGAAGAAGAGUGAAUCAGGCGGUGUCAUAGGUCCAAAUCUUUUUAUAUAUAACAGCCUUUUGGGUGCUAUGAGAGGGUUUGGGGAAGCAGAGAAGAUACUGAAAGAUAUGGAGGAAGAAGGGAUUGUUCCAAACAUUGUUACUUACAAUACUUUGAUGGUUAUUUACAUGGAGGAAGGUGAGUUUCUCAAGGCUCUUGGGAUUCUUGAUUUAACCAAGGAAAAGGGUUUUGAGCCUAACCCGAUUACAUAUUCAACGGCUUUGCUUGUUUACAGAAGAAUGGAAGACGGUAUGGGAGCUUUAGAGUUCUUUGUUGAAUUGAGAGAGAAAUACGCAAAGAGGGAAAUAGGGAAUGAUGUUGGUUACGAUUGGGAAUUUGAGUUUGUUAAGCUUGAGAACUUUAUUGGUAGAAUAUGCUACCAAGUGAUGAGGCGGUGGUUGGUGAAAGAUGAUAAUUGGACUACUAGAGUGUUGAAGCUUUUGAAUGCAAUGGACAGUGCAGGGGUUAGACCGAGUAGGGAAGAGCACGAGAGGCUUAUAUGGGCAUGUACUCGUGAAGAGCAUUAUAUUGUUGGUAAAGAGUUGUAUAAAAGAAUCAGAGAGAGGUUUUCUGAGAUAAGUCUGUCUGUUUGCAACCAUUUGAUUUGGCUGAUGGGUAAGGCUAAGAAAUGGUGGGCAGCGUUGGAGAUCUACGAGGAUCUUCUUGACGAAGGACCUGAACCUAACAAUUUGUCUUAUGAGUUAGUGGUCUCUCAUUUCAAUAUCUUGCUGAGUGCAGCUAGCAAGAGAGGGAUAUGGAGAUGGGGAGUUAGGUUACUUAACAAAAUGGAAGAUAAAGGAUUGAAACCGCAGAGGAGACAUUGGAACGCGGUUCUUGUAGCAUGUUCAAAAGCCUCUGAGACCACAGCUGCGAUCCAAAUCUUUAAAGCAAUGGUUGACAAUGGUGAAAAGCCAACGGUCAUCUCAUACGGUGCACUACUCAGUGCUCUUGAGAAAGGGAAGCUAUAUGAUGAGGCGUUUCGGGUUUGGAACCAUAUGAUUAAGGUAGGGAUUGAGCCAAAUCUUUACGCGUACACAACAAUGGCUUCAGUUUUGACAGGACAGCAAAAGUUCAAUCUUUUGGAUACCCUUCUCAAGGAAAUGGCUUCAAAGGGUAUUGAACCGAGCGUUGUGACUUUCAACGCGGUUAUAAGUGGUUGCGCGAGGAACGGGUUAAGUGGUGUGGCUUAUGAGUGGUUUCAUAGAAUGAAAAGUGAGAAUGUUGAGCCUAACGAGAUAACUUACGAGAUGUUGAUUGAGGCUCUUGCAAAUGAUGCAAAGCCAAGGCUUGCUUAUGAGUUACAUGUGAAGGCUCAAAACGAAGGGCUUAAACUCUCUUCUAAGCCAUAUGAUGCGGUUGUUAAAUCAGCUGAGACUUAUGGAGCCACCAUUGAUCUUAAUCUUUUGGGUCCUCGACCAGACAAAAAGAAUAGACCUUAGUCUGACGAAAACACAUUGUACAAGGUUACCGUGGGGUAAGGCGCAUCCAAGGACCCUUAAAGGCAAGAAAAUUGCCAUUACAGGGAAGAAGAAAGUUUCCAAGUAAUCACUUUCUUGUUCUUUAAUACUCUUUUUAGUUUGUCUAGUCUCUCUGUUUAUAUUGUGAAUUUUUAUCUUCGUACAACAUCUGUAUUAUCAUCAGACACAUUGAUAUGCAAA